UUGAAAUCGAACAGGAAAUACAGUUGUUGUUGUUUUUUAUCAUGUUGAGCUUUCUUUUCAUUUUUCACUUCUUCGCACAUUAAGCCCUAAAGGCGUUUGUGUAACAUUCACUCUUCAUAAGGACUACAGCAGAGACGUCAGGGGAACAAAUAUCCAAGUUUAGCUGCUAACAUCAGUCUUGCUCAGCCUCUGUUUGGAACCUUUUCUGGCUUGCUUACUUAAGUUUCCAUUAUUCAAUGCAUGUGUGACUUCAAACCGCCUUAUCAAGGAAAAGGCUCUUGGCAACAUGGGGGGCUCACUUCUACUUCAGCUUUUAACACUAGUCCACAUUCUGCUGUGUUGUAAAAGUUUGAAAAUGGAGUUUGCUAUCCGGCACACCUGGGACAGCAACCCUGUUGAUCAUGACCCCAUCAGGAUCUCCUUCUCUGAUGCGAAAUCAGGGCUGAGAAUGGAGGUGUCUGGCCCAUUCUUCAACGACCCAGCAGCUCCUUCGGGUGAACCUGGCAUUGCCUUCCCUGGACUCUGGGAUUAUGAAGUUGUGGAGUCCUUCUUCCUUGACAGCACAAAAGAAAAUUACUUGGAGGUGGAGCUUUGCCCACACGGACAACACCUUAUACUACUACUGUCAGGAGUCGGUAACGCUUUUUAUCAACAACUGCCGAUCGAUUUUACUACCACAAAAUCAGGGGAUAGAUGGACUGGCGAGGCCGUGAUCCCAUGGACAUACUUUCCUCCCAACGUCAACAAGAUGAACUCUUAUGCCAUUCAUGGCUCAGGAGCGGCACGUACAUAUGAAGCUCUCUACCCCAUCCCUAAAGCCGACAUCGUGGAAGGCCAACAGCCAAAUUUCCAUCGCCUGGAGUAUUUCCAAAAUUUCCGCCUGCAGAGCAUUAUGGGAGAGGAUUGGGUCCAGCCUGAAUCUGAUCUGUGGAAGGGAAAGGCCUGAGCUUUUCAUGAAAGCCCAUCUUUCCAUGUGUUUCCUUUGCAGAAAGAAACGCCAAACCAAAUCAGCUAUAGGGCAAAACUGUGAACAUUUUCUGACAGCGACCAAAGAGAAAUCCUUCUUUAUCAUUUAAUGAUGCAGAACAAUUUGACAGAAAAUAUGUUAUCAGCUUGUCAGACCGUGUUGCACUCUACACACCCAGACGCACUCGUUGCAUAACAUCAGACAUCCUCCGCAUAAAUUGUGCGAGCACAGUGUGACCUACGAUUUGCAUGAUGGCUUCGGUGAUCAUUAUGACAUCCAGCACCUCCAUGACCUAAAGGUUUGGCUUCAUUAAGUUAGCCUGCGACGAGUCCAAAUAUUUUUUUUUCUGCUGUUGUUUAGAGAACACAUGCUGAUAAUGAUAGAAGUUUAAUAUUGUUUGUCAUUUAUAAUGUACAUUAUUCCUAGUGAUUCACCUGUCAGUACAUAUACAAGAUUAACUUUUAGAAAAUUAAGAUAAAACAACAUGUUCUUUUGCAACUUCGCUUUUAGAUACUCUUAAAAUAGCCAGAGCAAUUAUUUUUCUAACUUACCUCUUGGUUGUACUUCAUCAAUUGUCAUUCAAACAUAAAAAGAUGUCUCAUUAGUCUUUUUUAUGAGCGAUAAAUUACCUCUUCACCUCGACUACAGUGCAAUAAUUUGUGUAAUUUAUUUUUCUUGUCUCGUGUCAUCCUUGCUUACUUUCCCACUUACUAAUAUAUUAUUUCAAUCACACGAAUGAUGAAUAAAGAUUAACAAAUGUCUGUGUUCA